AUGGGCAGUAUGGGCCAUAUGGGCAGUAUGGGCAGUAUGGGCAGUAUGGGCAGGCCGUUGCCUCUAUUUUGCCUUGAAUCGCCUGACUUUGAAUCGCUUGAAUCUGAAGAGUUUUUAACUUUACGCAACUUUCUGAAUCCUGGCCUUCUCAUUGGCUUAACUCACUGGCCGCCGACCAAAUCACACUGGCAUUCUACCGCUACCCAGAGUCCCCUCGAAAACCAGUGGGUGGGACUGGCGCGCAAGUGGAGUGAGCACGAGUCCUUGGGAAUUAAGACAUGGGGAGAAAGGGCCGGCAAGUGGUCCAAGCCCGCGACGAUGGAGACGAGUCGAAUCCAGGUAUUCUACUACGUAGUAUUCCCUACUGUUUGGCAUGCAUAUCCCGGCACAUCACACCCUCCUCGACCAGACCAAACCCUUCUGUCGGUCCUUCUAGCGCCCUUCUAUUUGCCCCCAUUGACCCAAUCUCACGCUCCGGCCCUUUCAUCCAUCUUGAUUCGUCUAUCUGACGACGAUCAGAGCUUCUCUGAGACUCCCUAUGCGCUGCCCAAUAUCAGACAGACGGUCGCUCCGGACGGAACGCUUAUCUGCACAGCUCUCUCCAGUGGCCCAGAGACACCAUCGUCAUGCGGGUCCUUUGGGGCUGCCACACCCAUGCCCACAGCAACCUAGGGGUGCUCCAGUCUAACUGGGGGUCAACUCGGGGAACGAACCAAGAGUGUAUCUUCUUCCAGCUCGCCUCGGGACGAGUACACUAUGUAUGUCGCUCAGAGGGGGGGGGGUUUGCCGGGGAUGACACUGCCAGUGCGAAUUUCUGUCUACACUACUAGUAUCCGUAUACUGCACUCUAUGGUUCGCGACGCAGCGGGGGCGCGGAGUGUUGCACGACUCGGUCAUCACUCACCAGUCAAAGUGGCUGCUGGCCUGGAUUGCCUCGAGUCAGCCCAAUUGAUUGCAUCUAGCAAAACACAUGGUACCGCGCUUACGGAAUUGCUGCGAUACCCCCUCAAACUGUCAUCAGCCCGACGAACCCCUUAAGUCAAGGGAGAUUGUCGGG